CCCACCCACUUUCUUUCUCCCUUCCGCGCACCACCUGCACACACCCACACACGCACAAUGGCAACAAACGGCACGAGACCGCACUCCGGCCCAGCCAAGGGCACCUUUCUCUUCACCUCCGAGUCCGUCGGUCGUGGCCACCCCGACAAGAUCGCGGAUCAGGUCUCGGAUGCUGUCCUCGAUGCCUGCUUGGCUGAGGACCCAGCGUCCAAGGUCGCCUGCGAGACUGCCACCAAGACGGGUAUGGUCAUGGUCUUUGGAGAAAUCACCACAAAGACACGUCUCGAUUACCAAAAGGUCAUUCGCGAGGCCAUCAAGGACAUUGGCUACGAUGACUCCUCCAAGGGCUUCGACUACAAGACUUGCAACGUCCUCGUCGCCAUUGAAGAGCAGAGCCCCGAUAUCGCACAAGGUCUCCACUAUGAGGAGGUCCUCGAGAAGCUCGGUGCCGGAGACCAGGGCAUCAUGUUUGGCUAUGCCACUGAUGAGACGCCUGAGCUGCUCCCAUUGACUGUUCUACUGGCACACAAGCUGAACUCCACCAUGGAGGAGGCUCGCAAGAGCGGAGAGCUCCCAUGGCUCAGGCCUGACACCAAGACCCAAGUCACUGUCGAGUACGAGCAUGACAAUGGUGCCGUCAUUCCAAAGCGUGUCGACACUGUUGUCGUCUCUGCUCAGCACGCUGAGACCAUCACCACGGAAGACCUCCGAAGCGAGAUCAAGGAGAAGAUCAUUAAGAAGGCCAUUCCAGCACACCUCUUGGACGACAAGACUGUCUACCAUAUCCAACCCUCUGGCCUGUUCAUCAUCGGUGGCCCUCAGGGUGAUGCCGGCCUCACUGGCCGUAAGAUCAUCGUCGACACCUACGGUGGCUGGGGAGCACACGGUGGUGGUGCUUUCUCUGGCAAGGACUACAGCAAGGUCGACCGCUCUGCAGCCUACCUUGCUCGAUGGGUUGCCAAGUCGAUUGUCAAGGCUGGACUUGCUCGCCGUGCUCUGGUGCAGUUCUCAUACGCCAUUGGUGUUGCAGAGCCGCUUUCCAUCUUCGUCGAGACCUACGGAACUUCCGACAAGACGUCUGAAGAGCUUGUCCAGAUCGUUCGCAACAACUUUGACAUGCGUCCCGGUGUGAUUGUCAAGGACCUGGACCUCGCCAAGCCCAUCUACCGCGAGACGGCCAAGAACGGCCACUUCACCAACCAGAACUUCAGCUGGGAGAAGCCAAGAGAGCUCAAGUUCUAGGCGACAACAUCCCGUCGCUUCAACAGUCACACCAGCCAUGGUCAUCAAUAUACCACAUAUUGCUGACACGAUGAUGGCUUGCAUAAGCUGGAUCAGAGCUCCACCACUGAUCCGGCGGGGAACGGCGUUAUAAUGGGGCAGCAAGAGGGAACGAAACAAUUUCGGGUGUUACAGUAGAUGAAGAAAAGUUCACGGAGAGCAAAAAAGAUACCCCCAGGCCCUGCUCGGGCGAUGAGCGUUCUUGAAUUCAACAUAGACCACGGGCAGGCAGGCAGUCAAACGGCAUCAGGUUUAGCGUCGGCGUUCAGGAGAUGACUUCAACUACAUCUCGAGAGAGCGCGACACUAUCAUCAACAAAUGCGCUCGAUAGGAAUUUUAAAUGGAAUGUUUUU